CCAAAGGAGCUCGACCGGCCUUCCGGGGCUCGCAAGUCGUUUUUGUGAGUCCGGUUGCUUAGCAACCUGGGGCCCAAGCCGAGACAGCAGCAGGCGGCGGCGGCGGCGGCGCUCCCGGGUGCGGAGGGGAUCGAGCUGUUUCUGGGUCCUGAAGAGAGAGGAGGACGCCUUCGGGAUAAUAUUAGCCCCAGAAGCGCCUGAGGAAUGUAAUAAUUUGGUAAUGUAUGCUGUCAAUAGCAGGACCUCAUUAAAGAUAUUGAAGAUAGGGAAAUUAUCACUGCCUCCUGUUCCAUGAUGCAAAAGAAAUAUUUCAAGGGGAGUUCCUACAAACAAGAGUCUGUAGUACUUACUGCUGUGGCAUUACAAGAUCACAUUUUACAUGAUCUUCAACUGCAAAAUCUUUCAUUAGCAGAUCCUUUAAAGUCAAAGACAUGGAGUAAAAAACAUAAGUACAGACCUGUGAACAAAGAGACAAUCAGAUCAGUUAUAGAUACUGGACUAAAAAAACCAAACAAACAGCCAAACAACCAAAACAACCCAAAAAAUGAAGAUCUAGAAAAAGAAUAUGUUCUUGAUCCAAGUCCUCAGCCUCUGACUUUAGCUCAGAAACUUGGACUGGUGGAGCUUCCUGCCCUGCCACUAACUCUGGAGGAGUGGGAACAUGUGAAGCAGCGAUCCAUAAAACAAGGAGAUUCUGUUCAACCUUGUGCUAUAUGCAAAGAAGAAUUUGCACUUCAGCCACAGGUGUUGCUCUCUUGUUCUCAUGUGUUUCACAGAGCAUGCCUGAAAGCUUUUGAAAGGUUUGCAGCUAAAAAGAGCUGUCCAAUGUGUAGAAAGAUCCAGUAUCAAACACGAGUCAUUCAUGAUGGAGCCCGCCUUUUUAAAAUAAAAUGUGCUACGAGAAUUCAAGCUUUCUGGAGGGGUCAUAUUGUUAGAAAAUGGUAUAAAAAUCUGAGAAAUACAGUACCUCCCAAAGAUGUGAGAUUAAGAAAAAAAUUCUUUGAAGAAAAGUUUACAGAGAUCUGCCAACGAUUGUUGAAUUCCUAUGAUACUCACAUUGAUGAAUUCUUCUCUGAGAUAGAUUCUACUGUAGCUGCAAGUCAAGAAGUAUUUCAGCAACUAGAAAAAAAGUUGGGCCCAGAGAUACAUGAAGUUGAGUGGGAAAAAAUUCAGAUUCAGGCAUUCCGACAAGAUAUUGUUGACUGUCCAAUUUGCAUUAUGCCACUCAUGCAGCCUGCUCAACUUCAGGAUGGAUUUUCCCAAGAUGGCCAUCAGUCACGCCCCCGUCAGACGGUGCUGCUCUCCUGUUCCCAUGUGUUCCAUAGUAUCUGUCUUCAAGCAUUUGAAGAAUUUUCUUUAGGAGAAAGGCCUGUAUGUCCUUUAUGCCGUUCCUGUUAUCAGAAGAAAAUUCUCGACUAACAAUCUAACAUAAAUUACAAAUAUAUUUGUAAGAAACCUUAGUAGAAAUAAUUUAUCUAAAAGUGUUUGAAUUUGCAUUUCAGCAACAAGAGGUGCUGCGCAGAUUUGUUUUUUCUGAUGAGCGCAUUUGUGUGUAAACCUAGGGAGUGCUGUCCGUAAUCUAGAGAUACGCAAGCCAUUAAGAUCUAUGGUAGGGUUCCAGUUCUCAUCCGUGCCACUUCAACUGAAUAUUUGCAUGAGACAGUCCCACAGAUGCCUGUGUUAACAGUGGAUUGAAAGAAAGGGAGAAAAGCUCCAAGUCCAUGGGGACACCGGAAUAACUGUAACCAACCAGUUCUUCAUAAAAUUCUGUAAGCUGAACAUCUUAUUUUCCCUCCUUGGCCUACCAGACAUCUGUUGACCAAAAGGAGGACUUUAUAUAUACCUGUUAUCCAAAGACAACAGAAAGAACAAUUGAUGCUUUGGCUACUCCUGAAUUCUCAUUAGGCCUCCCUUUGGAAAGUACACAGUUCCCAGGUUAAGAACGAGAUCUGUUCCUAAGUCUGUCCGUAAGUCGAAUGUAUAUGUAAGUUGGAACUCGUGCUUAUGAAUGGGCUUCCCAUUACUAAAAAUGGUGGACAGCGUUCUCCUUCCUCGAGCCAAGAAAUCGCUGAAGCCUUGCAACGUUUUCAUGAACCGCUGAAAACAGGCUGUAUAUUAAAAACACACAGCUUCAGCAGUCCACCCUUUUUAGUAACAGGCAGCCCUUUUGUAAGCAUGAGUUGUAAGUCAGACGUUCUUAACCCAGGGACUGUCUGUAAUGCUCUGCAAAGGUUUGUGAUUCUAGUAACUUUUCUAACGGGAAGCCAUUAUUUAUUGGUGACUGAUGUUCUGCAUAUGGGUAUUUAUAGCUGUAUGUGUAGAAUGUGUCCCUGCAAGCCACAGAUGAGAUUUUCCUGUAAAGUUCUUGACCAACACUGUCCUGUCCACUCACUGUACACUCUAAUGCAUUGUUUAAGGAAGUAGGAAGAGUGUGUUCCUGUUAGUUCUAUGCAGCAACCAAAGAAUAUAGAUAACUGGUUUUGGAAAUGAACGAUAGGACUCUCCUCCUGGACAGUGACAGGAACUGCUUUUUUGCAAGUUCUGUGUAGGCCCAUAUAUGGGAGAACAGUGAGAUCACAUUUCGAGAGAUGGGGGUAGGAUUAAUUAACUGAAGCAACCGCUGGGGACAACUUAUCUGGGGUGGAGAUACUUUGCCUGGAGCUCAGAAGCUUUUUUGACAAUACUUGCAAGAUUCUAUAAUCCUGACACUUGUUCAGGCUAAGGCAAGAAUUGCAUUAGUACAGCUCAAGAAACUUUCCUCACAAAAUGUCUCAAUAACAAAGAGCACCUUCUGUUCCCACAUGGGUUUUGUUCAGUCCAUUUAUGCCUGGGAUAGGCAAUGUGUUUUCUUUGAUCAGGGGCUUGAGGAUAAUCUGUUAGAAGCUACAUGCCACUGGUGAAUGAAGCUGAAGCAAACUAAAUGGGAUCGCCUAUUUUUCCCCUAAGAACCCUUUUCUCUCUUUGCUGUCUCCUUUUCCACACACUCUUAAAUCUCCUCCCCACAUUCUUCCAUGUCAGCAAAGGGAGAUAGAUUACUGUUUCCUGAGGCCCAAGUUGAUUGCUGAAAAAUGUAUUUAUUAAACUUGUGAAAUUAGGUCAAAAGAUGCAUAUGGCCUUAUGACUGCAAAUUACCACCUACCUCUAAUUUAGAUAGAAGAGUUUUAGAAAUGAUAAGAUUUUAAGGACACUGUUAAGCUACCCAGAAACCUCACUUACGCAGAAGGAUAUAUAUUUCACAACACUAGUACAUCCACAUUUCUUUGAAGACCUUCAUCAGAUACUGUAGAUCAGCAAAAAAAAAAGAAGUGCUGUUCCAGUAUAAAUCAAAUACUUAUGAAUUGGAAUAUGGAAGUAGCACGCUAUGCGGUGUGUGAAUGUGAUGCAAGCUUUAUACCACCAUAUACAAUUUUAAAGCUUGUUUUGAAUAAAACUCCUUAGAAUCAAGUCACAGAGGAAUGUCUUGUCAAAUACUUUAAUCAACACUAAACAGGCAAAUGUGUAAAAGUGUGAAUAAAGAAGGGUGAAGUUCACCACAUUACAUUCAGUAAACCAAGUGUCCUAGUAAACACUACUUCUGAAUAAACCUGUGUCCACUUAAGCUUAGCUUUAAAAGGUGAAUAGCAAAGAUUUGCUCAAAGUCUGCAACAACAAAUCUGUUGUAAUGUGUUCACACUGUGUUAUCAAAUCUAUCAUGGAGAAAGCCAAACAAAUGCUUACUUGAAACACUUGUUUUGCACACAUUUUUGGUCUACUUUGAUAGAUACCUAGUACAUUUAAGAAAAGCAUAUUUGUGCUUAAACCUCAUAAUAAAUGAGGCAAAGGUUGAUACCUGAAGAAAACCUUUUUGUAUUUUAAGAAGUACAGGGUACUUGACUCCAAGUGUCAAACCACUAGGGAUCUGUAUACAAUGAAUUAUGAACCAAAAUAUGUCUUUUCUGAAUUUGUAAAGUAUUUCUGAAUCAUUUUUUUAAAACAUAGUGGCAAGUAAAAACUCCAAAGUAGUUUACAAUAGGCCAUUUUACACAGACAAAGCCAAGGAACAGAGGAGCUCAUCAUAUAGAUAUAUACCUUUCUGAUGCCACUUGUCUAACAUUCAUUUUCAAAAUAAUGUAUCAUAAAUCUGUGUACAGGGAUAAAAGAAGAAUAGCAUUUUUAAAAUGAGAUUGUAUGCAAUCUUUCUAUAUUGUUAGGAAACAGGUGCUACGCCAGCACUAGGACCACAUUAAGAUGUAAAAUGUUUCUAAGGCAAAGGCAAAAAUAUUCAAAUGCAUGUCAAUACAUGGGCUGGAAAGUUCAACUGAUCACAAAAACUGCACGUUGUGUAAGCCUUCAGUAGUAAGUGCCUUCCCACUUUUUAAAAGGGAACCUCUUUCAAUUUAAGUAUCAUUAAUGUGAACUAAUCCAGAAUGGCUAAGGAAGUGUUUCGUUUCCAGCAUAAUUCCUUACUUGAAUGGGGAUUUGUACUCAAAUGAGUUUGCAAUGAAUUAAUCCUUUAAUCAGUGUCCAUGUAGGAGAUUCUUCUUCCACUGACAAUUACAGUGAUUGUUCUUCAAGUGUUGUUACAAAUUAGUUUAAGAAGAACUUGCUGCAAAUUAAAAGUUCACAUGGUUUCAACUGUGUUCUCAAUCUAGAGAUAAAUUCACAAGGAAACAAGGACUUAAAUCACACCCUUGAGUAAAUUCACUAUCAUAUUUUUCCUGAAUGUUUCCCUAGGCAAGAUAGACAUAGAUGCCACAAGUUUUUUUCCAAGAAUUCAGCUCUACUUAGAUAUACUAUCGGUUUAUCACAGCAGUUCAUCAUAUUUAAAAAAUAUAUUUGAAUUAUAGUAUCAUGGUAAGGGAGCCAAACUGAUCCUAAAAUUGAUUACUACUAUUUCAAAUUGUGAUAGAGGGUUCAAUAUUUGAAAUAGUGAGCUAACUAAGCUACAGCUUCCACUGUAGCAAACAACCCAAAUUCUUAGAAUCCCCCUUUUGAGUGUUUUAUUUAUCAUUUCCAUUGGCUAUGCUAGAAAAAUUCCUAUUAUAUAUUUGCUACAAUUCUUACCUUCCAAAUAAUGCAAAAUUCAUUAAUAGAAGAAACAGUAUAAAAGUAAGGAAAAAAGUUUUUGAUGUCCAAGAACUUCAUACUGGUCAGUCAAUGGAAUCAAUAGAAAAGAUGUUCAUGAACCCUUUGAAAUUAGCAAUAUCGUAAUCCAAAACACCUGAAUUAAAUAUCUGGAUAUUGUGCAAUAUGUUGAGACUAUGUUUGAGACUUUGGAUUUACAGAGAUUAACAUAGUAACAGAUUUUCCACAAAGUGAAAUGCUUGAAGUUACAAAGUCCCAAUAAACUGUCCUUGAUCAAUCUAUCAUUAUACAUGGAAUAGGGUCAUUCCAUCAUACUCAAUAAUCACAGUGGUCUUUACAAUCUACCUGCCUCUACUCACAGUACAUUAGUGAAUAAAUUCAGCUUUAACUUCCUUCAGCUUUUUGUCUCUCUCACACAGGGUUUUGUAAACUUCAACAGUGUAGCAAUAUCCAACUAUAUGCUGUGUCAACUAUAUCAUAUCUAACCCCCUGAAUAUCGUCUAAUCUUACGUUUUCAUACUAUAAACUAGGUGAAAUACUAGCUCAAUUCUGCUUUCAUAAAAAAAAA